UUUAUUGUCAUAAAACCCAACGAAUACAACAAAAUGCUGCCACAUAAUCGCCACCCCCUGGCGAUAUUGCUGCUAUUGACCUGUUGUUGUGCAUUAAUAUCAACGAUUGAAUCGCGUUCGCGUGAUAAAGAAAGUCGCCGAAAUCGUCCUGACCGUGUUUACUCAUCAACAUCUGCUUCAUCAGGACAUUAUAGUAGUUCAUAUGUAAGUGCCACAGCUAAUGUACCAAAGGACACUACUGGUUUCUGUACGCGCCGUCGUGAUAUGAAGCUUAUGUGCUAUUGUACACCGGAUGAGAAUUAUGUGCCUGUGUUGAAAGCAGAAUGUUGGGUUUUCUCAGAUGCUCUACUACAGAAUGACACCACCUGGACACGCUUUGAGCAGCAGAAACAUUUAAGAGAUCUCAAAUUUGUUAUACAAAAUCAUGGUCGCCUAGAUUAUAUACCAACAGCAAUUUUAGAACCAUUAAAAAAUUUGACUGGUAUCACCAUUGAAUAUGCACAAGUUGAAGUUAUUAAAAGCUAUGCCCUUGCAAAUUUACAAUACUUGGAACGCAUUAUAUUACCGAAUAAUCAUAUAGUCGCAUUGGACCAUGAUGCAUUUGCCAAUCACAUACGUCUACAAGAACUCAAUUUGGAACAUAAUCAAAUUUAUGAAAUCGAUCGUUAUGCUUUCCGUAAUUUACCACUGUGUGAACGUUUGUUUCUUAAUAAUAAUAACAUUUCAAGUUUGCAUGAAGGACUUUUUGCGGAAAUGGCACGAUUGGUGCAUUUAAAUUUGGCACAUAAUCAGAUCUCAGUGUUGACAAGUGAAAUUUUCAAGGGUUUGGGCAAUUUGAAUGUGCUCAAGUUGACACAUAAUAAUUUGAAUUUCAUCGGCGACACUGUAUUUGCUGAAUUAUGGAGUUUAGCCGAAUUGGAAUUAGAUGAUAAUCGUAUUGAGCGUAUUUCAGAGCGUGCACUUGAUGGUUUAAAUAAUCUAAAAACCCUUAACUUGCGUAAUAAUCUCCUGAAGAAAAUAGACAACGGAUUAUUACGCGGUACGCCGGCUUUGCUGUCAAUCAACGUACAAAAUAAUGACUUGGAAACUUUGACAUUUUAUACAUUUCAGCCAAUUAUGGACAAUUUGGUAAAUAGCACAAGUGAGCUGUUAGUGUCAGAUUUACCAAUCGAAAAUGAAAAUUGCACUAAAACUGCAUUAAUAGAGCAUUUCGAUUGA